UCCGUCAUGUUCAUUCUUGUUCUUGUUACAUAUCGAAGGAAAAGAAAUGGCAAGAAAAUCAUAGAGCAAAUGCAAAAUGCAUUAAAACUCUCCUUUUUUUUCCGUAAAAGAGAGAGAAGUCCCAAAGAACAGGUUGAUUGGCGAUGAGCAGUGGGAUGGAUACGGUGGGGGUCGGGAUGGAAGCUGGCGUCGUGGGUGACCGUGCAAUACAUCCAAAAUAGGAGGAGUGACGUGGGAAAGCUCCCCGCGUCCUCCUCUUCCUUUCCUCCUCUCGUCGUCCAGGGAAGGAUGCAGGAUGCUCUCCGUCCCUCCCCCACCACCUGAGGAGGAAAGCAAGAAAUUUUUAACCAACCAAACGCACCACCGCGUGCCUCCGUGAUUCCCAGCCCAAUUAACCCGGAACAGAAGAGAAGAGCUCGCCACGCCACCGGUGGGAUCGCCGGACACCUACGCGGGCCUGGCCUUGGGAUCCCCGGAACGCGGGGCGUGGGAAACCGAGGAGGAGCAUGUCGCGGGUGGCGUCGCUGUCGCCGUCCUUGUCGGGCGACGAGGUGGAGGUGGAGGAGGAAGAGGAGGACGAGGGCGUCGACGGCUACCGCAAGGGCGGCUACCACGCCGUCCGCCCCGGGGACCAGUUCGCCGCCGGCCGCUACGUCGCCCAGCGGAAGCUCGGCUGGGGCAACUUCUCCACCGUCUGGCUCGCCUUCGACGUCCAGUCACAGAGAUACGUGGCCCUGAAGAUCCAAAAGAGUGCGCCUGAGUUUGCGCAAGCUGCUCUUCAUGAAAUCGAGUUCCUGUCAGAGAUCACCAAGAAGGACCCAUUGAACUGCAAAUGCAUUAUUCAGCUGAUAGAUCACUUCAAGCACACGGGGCCUAACGGACAGCAUAUCUGCCUCGUCUUUGAGUUACUGGGAGAUAGCUUGCUUAAGCUGGUACAGUACAACCGGUACAAAGGCAUCGGGCUUGAUAGGGUGAGGCAAAUAUGCAAGUCGAUCUUGGUAGGUCUUGACUACUUGCACAAUGAGCUUGGCAUCAUCCACUCAGAUUUGAAGCUCGAGAACCUUCUCCUUCUCUCGACCAUUGAUCCCUCCAAGGACCCCAUUCGCUCUGGCCUCAAACCUUGCCUUGAGAGGCCUGAGGGAAACCCUAACGGUGAAGCUGGGAUUAAUGCGAUUGAGAAUAAGCUAAAGAUGAGAGCAAGGAGGGUGCUUGCAAAGCUUGCUGAGAAAAGAAAAUCAGCUGUGGAAUCUUCACGCUCAGAAAGGAGCUUGGGUGGAAUUGAUCUUACAUGCAAGAUUGUAGACUUUGGGAAUGCUUGCUGGGCCGACAAACAAUUUACAGAUUUUAUUCAGACAAGGCAGUACCGGGCACCAGAGGUCAUUCUAGGUGCAGGAUACUCGUUUUCUGUUGACAUGUGGUCAUUUGCGUGUAUCGCUUUUGAGCUCGCAACCGGAGAAAUGCUAUUUACACCCAAGGAAGGCCAUGGAUACAGUGAAGAUGAGGAUCACUUGGCUUUAAUGAUGGAACUACUUGGCAAGGUGCCGAAGAAGAUUGCAACCACGGGAACACGAUCAAAGGAAUAUUUUGACCGCCAUGGAGAUCUGAAGCGGAUAAGAAGGCUGAAAUUAUCAUCCAUUGAACGUGUCCUUGUUGACAAAUACAAAAUUUCUGAAUCUGAUGCCCGGGAAUUUGCCAAUUUUCUUUGCCCAUUACUUGACUUUGCACCAGAGAAGAGGCCAACAGCUUUAGGUUGCCUAAAGCAUCCAUGGCUUCAUUAUAACGAGGAUAAAACUUGUCAGUCUCUUAACAAUAAUGAUGCCAAGAACAUUGACCUGGCCCAAAGCCCAGGGAGCAUCACCAGCGGAUAUUGUACAAAUAUUGAUUUGACGAGCAAAAAAGGCGGACCCACUGGAACUUGUGAUAAGACUGCUGAUGCAAAAUAUAACACCAGAAGCAUUACCAGCAAUGCUACCAUGAACACUGAUGUACAGCCCAAUAUUGGAAGCAUUGCUAACGGACUUGCCAAAAAUGUUGAUGUAAAUCCGAACAUUGGAUCCAUCACUAAUAGAGAUGCCAAGAGUUCUGAUAUGAAGCCCCACAUUGGAAGCAUCACCAUCAGUAACGCCAAAAGCUCUAAUGUAAAGCUGGAUACAGGUAACAUCACUGAUAGAAAUGCCAAAACUGUCGAUAUAAAGCCCAACUCUGACAUCUCUAGCAGAGAUGACAAGAGCAGUAAUGUGGACACCACCACUUCCAGUGUUAUCAACAAAGAUGCGAAGCGCAGCAUUAGAAGUGUCGUUAAUUCUUAUAUCAAGAAUUUCGAUGCAAAGUGCAACACUGGAAGCACUGCUAACAGUGAUGCUAGGGACCCAUCAGAUACGAAAUCCAGCACUAAAAUUGUUAGUAGUGCUGAUAAUGCUAAGUGUGUGGACAUAAAACCGAUCAGUGGAAGUGAUAAGAGCAAUGACACCAGUGAUAAGAGCAAUGACACCGUCGAUGCUAAUGUGAAAUCCAACUCUGGAAUUGUUGCAAACAGUGAUGCUAGCAACACCGAUGUACAGACUAACACUGGAAGUGUCGACAGCAGCGAUGAUUACAGCAUUGACUCAAAACCAAACAUUGGCCGGGUUGCUGCAAGCAUACAGAGGUUGGAGAGCAGUAUGGGGAAAUACAGGGCCGACCUUUCUCAAGAUUGAGGAUCUGGCAGGUACCAGCUGGCGUUAUUGUAUAUCUCUAUUCCUGCUGACUGUACAAAGUUUUGUAUUUGCCUACAGAACUUACACGGAGGUAAAUAUUCCCCAUACAUACCCUGGAACAAAUUAUGUCAAUGCUCACGGAUUGACUGCACUGAGAAUUACAUAACAUUCUUUUGGACAUUUUAGUGGGUAAACGUGGAAUCUCUUUGGGAAUAUACUUGUACAUGCAGUAGUAACAGAAGAUUGCUGUUCCUAGUAUGGUGGAUGCACUGGAAGGGGAAGAAUUAUACUCUGACCAGUCACACGUCAUCUCUCUUGAUUAUGUUCAUAUUCUGCCCUCAGUGAAAAAAAAGAGAUUUCUUUAUGUCAUUUAACAAGGAUCACCAUUUAUCUGAGCAAGGGUGACAUUUUUGUUUGGUUUAUGGUGUGAGGUUUGCUUGUAAAAAGCGGGACAUGUGUUGUAUAAAACUAUUCUUUGUUCAUUUUGUAGUGAAACAAUCAUAUAGAUGAAAUGUUUUUUUUUCA